AUGCUUGGUGAACAAAUGCUGAAAUUGUUGAUAGCGGCAUGCCUGGUAACGCACGGAUUUGGACGGCCAGAUGUUUCCCACAUUUUGAAGCAAAAUCGAACGAGUCGACAGCAGCAGAAUAAGACUUUCCAUCCGUUAGAUUACUUGGCGCAGUUUAAAAGCAAUCCCGAGAAACAAGCUGCAUCGGAAAAGGGUUUGAGUGUCUUUGAUUAUCUUGAUACGUUUAAUGAAACGGAAGUUAAUAAUUUUGGGGAUCGGUUCAUAAAGCAGAAACAAAAUGAUUGGAGUAAAGCUUUUAGAUAUAUGAUAAAGCCUUCUCCGUUCAAAAGGAAUACGGCACAAAAUGGCUAUAUCUAUGAGAAACCUGCUGUUCCAUUACCAAUUAGGCCGGGAGGUGGUUUGGAUUUUCCGAUCCAUCCGGAUGGUAAUUUGAUCAAACCUGUGUCGACCCAAGCGCCCGAAUAUCUUCCACCAGUAGAGCAAGUUCCACUAGCUAGUUCACCGGUGGAUGCUUCGGUAGCAACUAGUACUCAAUCAUCAUAUCCAGCAUCAAUUUUACCAGAUGUUGGCGGAACUCGACCUAAUAGUUAUCCAAGUCAACAGGAUUCUUCGACAGGAACUGCAGGAUAUGAACCAGAAAAACUAACUACAACUAUUCGAACUACUACUGGUUAUAAGUUUAAAGACACAACCUUGAAUCCAGUUGAAGAUUUUGAUAUUCGGAACAGCGGAAAAGAUGACGGUAUCGAGCAAAGCUCUAGUCAGAGUCCCGCAAAGGAACAAACAGACUCCACAACCGAGAACGAAUUCACUGUUUAUCCACGAGGACCAAGUUCGACACAAGCUGAAACAGACAGCUCAUCUACUCAGAGUCCAUUUAGCGGAUAUCCUCGGGAAACACCCAGCCCUAAUUCUCCUAGUACCGAAAGCAGUACAGAUACUCCGUUUACCACCGUUGGAAGUACUUUCACAACUCAUCAGACCUUCGAUAACGAUGAAGGCUAUAGUUACAACAAGCCAGUUAUACCACCAAAUCUCAAUGAAGUUAUCGGGGAGCCCGGAGACAUCAACGAACUUGCCACGACUACUUCAAGCACAACAACGACCCGUAAAUAUAAUGGGUACAACAUACCGCCGAAGCCUUUGCCAGAAUUGGUGGUACCCGUGCGUCCAAGUUCCACAGAAACUCCCGAAGGAACUCCUGCAGCUGAAAUUUCCUCUGUAGAAAUGACGACCGUUUCUCCAUCGGAGGGAACAUCUUCUACUGCUGCUCCGGAAUAUCUUCCGCCCAAUGAGUCCAAUGAAACAAAACAGCCAUCGGAAACUACACAGCAACCUCUCGCUGGGCAAACCCCGCCUCCAAACUACCCUACAUUGUCGCCUACUUAUGUUUCUGUGGCGGAAACGACAUCUUCUACUGGGUAUUCUACCUACAAGCCCGACUCUACUACGUUUGGUGGUUAUCCAGAUAGAGAAACUACACAUUCAUCCGGUUAUUCUAGUCAAGAUACUACCACUAGCGGAGGAUUCACUAGUCCCAACCAAGAAACGACAACCAUGAAUGGAUACCUACCUCCAGAGUCUUCUUCGAUAGGAUCGAAUGUUCCGGAAUAUAACACAUCACCUAGCGUUCCGGUACCUUCUCAAGAUAAUGCUUAUCCUGAGUAUUCAACUAUUGAUCAUUCGCCUACUCUCAAGCCAAUCGACGAAUCUUCUUCGUACAAACCGAACAGUGGACCACUGAAUGCAACGACAUCGGUUGUGGAUGAACAAAAACCAGGUUCGACAGCAGCUCCAGAAUAUCUUCCUCCAGAUACCAGAUUCGGAACUAACAACAAUUACCCGUCAUCCGGCAACACCAUAUCUGAGCAGCCAUCGAUCCUUCCAAUUGACAGUGGCCUACCCAGACAGCCAAGUGGGAACGUAGGUUCGGACCCAUCUCAAACCCCGAUGGAAGAGAUCGUAGCUGAGAUCAACAAUCUAAUGCCGAACGAAAAUUCCCCUGACAUCUAUCCCCUUCCGAGCUUAGGUGAAGCGGACACCGGAAUGCGGAUCGUGGUAGAAGACAUGCCAACCAGUGACGCUCCGCCGCUGGAUCGAUCGCCCAGUACUGUAGCGGAUACGAUAACAACGUAUCAUCCGACGUCCUCGCAGCGCACAACACCCGCCGAAACGGAUGCCGAGGAAUCCGAACUGAAACCUCUAGUAGCUGCCGUGGAAGCCCCAAGUGAAAUGGGCUACAACUAUCAAGUUCCAGCGGUGCCGGUGGCGUCGCAUACCCUCGAUGACCAAGGGUACCAUUACAAGAUCCCUAGUGUUCCUUUUCUUUAG